AUGGCGACUUUUCACACGGACAGUGCUAACGGGCUGACGUCCAGCACAAUCUGGAAGAGCUGUUUGCCACUCCUGCGGGUAGUCCCGUAUCUUAUGUGUGCUUACCAGAGCAUCUCCUGUGGCAUCCAGUACAUGUUGAUUAUCCCUGGGCAUGCUCCCCCAGGCAAAGUUCGGAAGGCUGUUUUCCACAACUUCUCUGUUUGGAGGUUGGAGGACAUACUGGCCCUGAGGUUCCCAGACCAGAAAGAUCACAUUACAGCAGAGCUGCACCAUGGGGAGAUCUGGGAGCUCACAAGAUGUAGCAGGACCUGGAGGGAGAACACGUCAUAUUUGGGCUAUGAGUGCAGUGACUAUAAUCUCGAUUGCUCUGAUGGCUAUGUAUGUGACCAAAUUAAAUGGGGAAGUUCUAUGGUGAGAAGCUUGGACCUGGUCUGUGGCCAGAAAUGGUAUGCAGACAUGAUCCAGCCCUUGUUUAUAUUCGGCAUGCUGCUGGGAGCAAUUAUUUUUGGCUGCCUCUCUGACGGGGCUGCAAGAGGCUAUUUUGUGGUGGUCUUUGUCUACAUGAUGGAGUUCAUCAGCAAGAAGUCUCCCAUGUGGGCAUCCAUGCAUCUGCAUACCUUCUUUGGUAUUGGAGUAAUGUUGGUGGCUUUAGUGAGCUAUUUGGUCAAAACCCAGUGGCUUUAUCAGAUCAUCCUGUGCUGUUGGAUGCUCCCAGAGACUUCUUUUUGGCUACUCUCAGAAGGGAGAUACAAAGAAGCACAAGGAAUCGUUGAUACCAUGUGGGAUGAAUCGGGCUCCUGUGACCUGGUAGAGCUUUUAUCACUGGACAUGAAUAGGCUCCAUGGUAAAAACUGCAAGCGUGUCAGGAAGCUCAGUCUAGCAGAUCUGUUCCAUGACCCGGAUGUUGCAAAAAGGACUCUCAUCAUCUGGCUGGUCUGGUUCACAGCAAGUUUUGGAUACUACAUGAUUGGCAUGGAGACUAUUUGGGGGAAGAGAGCACGAGUACCCACACCUCUUCCUAGUGGCUCAGUGACAGGUGCUGUGGAAGUUCCUGCCUACUUCUUUGUGUGCAUCUGGUUGAAGAGGGUGGGAAGAAGAGACACCAUGGUCUUCUGCCUUUUGUUAGCCUUGCUCACCCAUGCUGUGUAUGUGGCCAUGCCCCUGGUGAGUCAUUUGGUUUAUUAUGGAAUGGCUGUGGUAGUUUCAUGGACUUUUAUUUUCCUUGUGUGCCCCCAGAGUCAGAAGAAUUUGAAGACAGUGGCAGUUUUGGCUGUCAAAACUGCUGUAGGGUCAGUAUUUGCCUUCAUGUGUGUUUACACAGCAGAGCUGUGCCCAACAAUUGUAAGGUGCUUGAAUGUGGGGAGCAGCAACAUGGUGUCCCGAGUGGCAAGCAUCCUCAUCCCUCUCACUGGGCAUUUCACCGAAGUCUGGACCUUGCUGCCACAGAUCUUUAUCACUGUCUAGACACUGGGAUCGCAGAGAGGCGAGGCGCUCAAGUCUGCCAUUUUGUUUUUGGUUUUUUGGAGACCAAUAUAAUCAUUGUAUGAUGGAGGUUUCUUGAAACAGGAGAGCUUAGCAGUGGUUGGCCUCUACCCUUCUGGGUCUCUUCUGACGCUGCUUUCACCAAGAUUCCAUUGCGCCCCUCCUCCGCUCUGCUAAGUUCUCUCCUCUCUUCCAAGCUGCAGACCCGUGUCGCUGCUAGCCUCAUGGCUAUUCUGUCUGGAUAUCUUUGGAGCUGAUCAUAUGUGGAAUCCUGGCCAUACGAGGAUGGUUCAGGGGAAGCCUCUCCCGAUGCUGGGAACCCUGAGAUGGAAAACACAGAAGUGAUUAACCUGGGGGGUUCUGAUGGUGAUAAAUAAGUCAUAUACGGCACCCAGCGCUUGGGAUGUUGACAUCCGUGACUUUCUGUUAGAGAGGCGUUAUUCUGGUCUCCCACAUAUUACUUAUGUAUCUGCAUAAAAAUGUUGUGAGAAAGUUUUACACAAUUGUUUUGUAAAAGUCAAUGAAAU